GACGAGUAGGGGCUUGUGCAAUUUCGGCUCGAGCAGGGGGCGAGAGGCAGUUUCGCGCGCGAGGAUUUUCCGGCUUUUUCGCUUUGCGCUUUUUCGGUUUCUCCAGGCGAUUUUCGGGAACAUUCAAGGCUCGAGGCACACUCCUUGUGGCCGAGUUUGCGCGGAACCGGUGGAGCGUCGAGUGCGAGCUCGUGAAUGCUUCGAUCUUUCAGGGAACGAGAGUCUUCCAAGUUGGUGGAUUUCCUGGCCUCCGGCGGAUCCUGGAGAAAGCGAGUUUGUACAGUCUUGAAAGUUGCGCAGAAGCGACGUUUCUCCUGGGUCUCGCGGGAGCUCGCUACCUCGAGAGGCGCGCAGGCGCAGUGGCUGGCCGAGUUCCUCGCAGUGUGCCGGUGAACGAGUUUCUGGAUUCACUUCUCUUGCGAACAGCCCCAAGUUUCUUCCACUUUCCUCCUCUCUCGAAGGACUCUGAGGUUCUUUCGAGUUUUUCCUUCCACAGAGCCUCCCAGUUCCGCUUCGCUUGCCGAAGUCCUUCAGCUUCUGCCGCCGUCUGCUACUCCAACCAGACGAGGUCCUUCUCGUCCGUUCCCCCAAGAAUUCGGCUUUCUGCUCCUCGCCCAACAUGUGUGGUCCCCUCAGCCGCUUCGUCGGCGGCAAGAGAAGCGCCUGCAAGUGCAUGACCUUGAGGACGUUCACCAUUUUCUGGCUGACCAUCUUCACCCUCGUCUCUCUGUUCGAGCUGGUUGCGGGCUCGUACCUGACGUCCGCGCGCCAGAUGGUCGACACGAUUCUCGAGAAGCUGAGGGAAAUCGCGUUCAACGCAGGAACAGAGAGCGUUGCAGACUACUACUACGAAGUCCUCCAGGCGUCCUUCGGCACAGUGUGGCGAGCAGGAACUUGCCUCACGGUGAUGCGAGGACUUGUCGACCUCGGAGGAGCAGCCGUCGGAAUUUACGGCGUAUGGGCAAAGAAAUCGUGGGCUCUGUACACGUUCCUCGGUUUCAACGUCGUCCAUUUCGCCAUAGACUUUAUUCUCUUCAUCGCCGCCAUGUCGGUCGUCAACACCCUCUACAUAGGCUGGUUUUACCCGUCCGCCUACUUGGUCGUCUUCGCCCUCUACGGCUGGCUUGCCAUCAUCGGGCCCUACGUCAGCGUCGUUCUCCUCAGCUACAUUUGGGUUGUCCGCGUGGGAGGCACUGGAACAGAAAUGAAGUCUUUCUUUGAACUGCAAGAGGAACAGGACAAGGCUGCUACCGCGACAGCAGAGCGUAGUGGCGCAAAAGACAGAGACGAAGAGGCUACAGCGAGAGUUGAGGCGUCGGAGAAGAAGCCGCUGUUGGAGAAUGCCGAGCCGACCAUCGAAGUGGACUCGCCUUAAAUUUGUUUUAAAUCUUGACGAGGAAGACCGGACGCUGUGUCGGUUGUGCUUUGAGGGGAAAGGGGUUAACAGGAGGGAUGGAAAAAUCCAGAAAAAACUGUCUCCUCGUUUUUCUGAGAUUCGGAGACGCUGCGAACGAGGGCUUUCCCCUCUGUUUGGACUUCUGAAGGAUUCAGAUGAAGAAUUUCCAGCGACUCAGCAAAAAAAUACAUCGCAGAUCGCCCACAGGAUACCUGAACAUGCCCCCACGGGAAAGAUGUCAGUAUAUGCAGUGGCAGGUGUACAAGGUGUUUACGUGUCUCUGUAGCUUUCGGAAUUUCAUGUGUGUGAAGAAGCUGUGUAUCUUUGUGUAUGUAUGCAAAUCAGUCUGUCACCAAUAUAUAUAUAUAUAUAUAUAUUAUAUGUCUGUGUACUUAUGGACGAUGUAUGUUGCUCCGUUCAGAGGAGAGCUCCACCUUCAGAAGUAGUCGAGGGGGGGGCGGCUUAUAUUCGAGAAAGGCUUCGUAGCGAUCUGCGGGAGGACCCACGUGAACGUCGAUUUGAAACGACUGAGUUCUGAUCUCAGUAGAAUUAUGAGAGGGGAGUUUCCGUGUCGAGUUUCUGAAGACUGUCGACAGAACUGUGUGCGAGUGAAUUUUUUCCAGCAGACAGAAUGCUAGGAAGAGGGGAAAUUGGUGCUGCGAGCAGAGCAGCGAGAAGUGAGGCGGUGUCUCAUGUAAGGUGUCGAAAGGUAGACGUUAGAGGUGCGUCUUUCUCCGAAGGACGCGCUGGAGUGGCAGAGAGUUCCCCCGAGGUCACGCCCAGGCUCCUGUCGUUUUCCUCAGAGCACCGACUGAACAGCCGAAAGGACUGGAGAAGCGUCCUUGUGUGCAAGGGUUCAGGAAAUGAAAGGGAGACGAGAGAUUCCCAAGAAGGUUGGACACACGCGUGUCUUUUUUUAAUUUGUUUACGCGAGACGCGCGAAAUGUAGAGUUUUUGUCACAGUGUACGUGCAUCGGUGAAACGCUACGUUGUGAAGGGGUUGCCUCUCUGGUGGCAUAUGCGUGGAAGUGCAGAGACCUAAAAAAAGUGCCUGUGUAUACGUCAGACGCUUGUCUCUUUCCCGUCAAGAGGUCAUUGACGAGCUUAUGAAACUACUCUCUUUGCCGAGCACUUGUAAAGAUUGCACCUGAGCCCUC